AAACACCUCUCUCUCUCUCUACAUUCAACAGUAUGGCAUUGAGAGGAGCAGCUUCAAUUGGAAGACAAGCAAACCCAAUUCUUCUCUCUAUCCCUCGCUAUCUCAGAACCAGACAUCAUGCCUCUUCUUCGCGCCCUCUUCUUCAUAGAACCCUUUUAUAUAAUCCCAAUUUCCAAACAGGAUAUAAAUAUUCAAUUCGCGCAAUACAUGAACCAACUGUGGAAGCUGUAGCUCCCAAGAAAGAAGAUGAUGAACAAUCGUCUCAAAAUUGGAAGGUUAAGAUGCUUUAUGAUGGUGAUUGCCCGCUUUGCAUGCGCGAGGUCAACAUGUUAAGGGAGCGGAAUAAGCGCUACGGAUCAAUCAAGUUUGUUGACAUAAGUUCAGAUGAAUAUAGUCCAGAGGAGAAUCAAGGCCUUGACUACAAAGCUGCUAUGGGAAGAAUUCAUGCAAUCCAAUCUGAUGGAACUGUUGUCACGGAUGUUGAGGCAUUUAGAAAACUAUAUGAAGCAGUUGGUCUGGGUUGGGUUUAUGCCAUUACAAAAUAUGAACCAGUUGCAACAAUGGCUGAUGCUGUGUAUGGUGUUUGGGCUAAAUAUCGUCUACAAAUCACAGGCCGGCCACCUUUAGAGGAGGUCUUGGAGGCACGAAAGAACAAGGGUGAAGUAUGCAAUGACAGCAAGGCAUGUAAGAUGUAGGCUUUCUUAAUAAUUGCUUUUAGACAGAGGAUCAUCAGCAAUUGUCAUUCUGUGGGUUGUCGCUUCCAUAUUCAUUUUCAUCUUCUUCUAUACUUGACCUAUAUGUGGAUCACAUCAACAAACAACCGAAUAAUUAGCCAGAAUAUGAAAGAUAUCAUGGUUCGUCUCUUUUAACAUUCUCCUUUCUGCCUCACAUAGGAGAAAUAUUGGAAAAUUGUACAUUUGUUGAUGCUCUCUCCACAAUUACUGUUGUGUUGCUUGAUUAUAGAAUGAUCGUGUAAAUAACAAUUAUAUUCGUUCGUAUAUUUUGGCAAAAUACUUUUAUCUAAUGAAGUUCUCUAUUAUGGUUUCA